AUGCUGGUGCCAGGGCAGCCACAGCCAGUCCGGACGAAACUCGGCAUGAUGCCAACAGCUCCCAAGACGCUGCAAGAAGCCGCUCGCUCGGCUUUGAGGGCGCUAGGCCAGCCUCCUGCCGCGGCUGCUCCGGCCGCCGCCUCCGGCAGCGCUGGAGGCAAGAGGAAGGGGAAGGGGAAAGCCGGGUCCGGUGCAGACGACGAGGAUGCGAAAGAAGAAGGCGAGGAGCACGAUGUCCCAAAGGCUAAGGGGAAAGGAAGAGGGAAGGGGCCGAGUCGAGGCCGCGCUGUGGUCAAGACCGAGAGCGCGGGAGGAAGGGUCUCCGCAGACCUGGACGACUGGACCGAGGGCGAAGCCCUUGCUAGCCUCCGCUACGCCGGGAAGCCGCUCAUGACUAUGCGCGUGACCGAUCUCAAGGACGCGCUCGUGGCGUUAGGCCUGGCCUACGCGGGGAACCAGCCCGAGCUGCGCAUGCGCCUGGCCAGGCGUCUGUGCGCAGACCUCGCGGGAGGCAGCCCGGGGAUGGCGAGCAUAGAGGGCUUCGCGACAAGCGCCAGCUCUCCGGGCUCGGGGCUGGAGUCGUCCGAGCAAUCGUCGGCGCGCGAAGCUCGGCGCAUCAAGAGGAGAACGGUGAGGACCCUCGGAAAGAAGGGUGCAGGCGCAGACACGAAGGACUGCCCCAUCGUGAUCGCUUCGGAUGACGAGGCCAACUCCAGCGACGCAGCCGCCGAAGCGCCCCCCUCCCUCGCUAGUGGUUCCCCUCCGGUGGCUGACGCCCCAGCGACUGCCGCGGGGGCGUCGUCUGCUGGGCCCCCGCCUGACGCGGAAGAAGCGGAGGCCCCCGUGCUGACCGAGGCCCUCGCUGUGAAGUUUGAAGCAGGACCCAAGCCUAGCAUGACGGUGGCGGAGCUCCGGAGCUUGAUGACGAGGUUUGGCCUGAAGCCCAAGGGGAGGAAGAAGAGCGACCUGAUUGGCUGCUGGGCAGAAGCGGUCAAGGCGAGGCGCUCGAUGAAGGAGGAAGGAGGGAAAGAGAAGGCUGGGGCUGCUGGCGUGGAGGGAGGGAGACGAGGUAGGAGACACGUCGCUGAGGAUGAACAUCCCGAAGCAUCAGUGGAUGGCGUUCGCGUGGCGGACAUGAAGGUGGCGACCCUCAAGCUCCAUGUAGAGCGCAUGGGGCUCAAGGCUACCGGACACCUCAAGGCCGACCUGCAGCGAUGCCUCCGCGACGCUAUUCUCGACGGCCACUCCGGGGGAGGAGGGCACGCGCCCAGGAAAACUGGUGGGGGGGUGAGGGUCCCAGUGGGUACGGACAAGGACGGAAGUGAGAGCGGCGGAGAUGUGGCGGAUGAGAAACCCCGACGCGGUCGUGGAGGGCGUUCUGCGGGGAGGGACCUCUCCGCAGCCCCAUCUUUGUCUCCCCUUCGGCGCAAAAGGGCCGGCCAAGUCGACCCUUCGCAAGCGCCUGCUUUCCCUCCCGAUCAGGUUUGGUUCCACCAGACGCGAGUGUCGGCCAUGAACCUAGAAGAGAUGCGCGAGAAGCUUCACGAGCUGGAUAUGCCGUCCCUCCGCUUGAAGGACGACGAGGUCACCCACGAUCUGAUCGACGCCCUGGUGCAGCGCAAGGCGGAGGCGGCCGACAGCAACCCUCGCAAGCAGGCGUGGCUUGGCCGUCCCGUCUACAUGAUGAGGAAGGCGGAGCUCGCCGACAUGCUGCGCCACUUCGACCUUGACGACGCGGGCAAGGUCGACGUCUUGCGUGGCCGAUUCCGCGACGAGCUUCGGAAGUGGGCGGCGGAUGAGAUAGCUCACCCUGCGUCGGGGGCCGGAAGUGCCGGGGCCAGCAGCGGACGUGAUGGUGGCGGUCGUGGAGCCGGCAGCGUGGGCGGGGUAGCAGACCCCGAGGAAGCAGAGGACGAGGGUCAGGAUGCCUCGGACGCUGACGAUGAUAGUGCCGACGAGGGGUUAGCGGCCGGCCGGCCUAGCCGGCGGGGAGGCCGAACGACGCGGCGUACCCGCACCAGAUCGGAGGAUGCCGUCGCCGGCGUGGCGAAGCAAGCAGCGCCCGUAAGGGCAAGGCGGAAGAGGGACGCGGACAUGACCGAGGAGGAGGAGGAAGGCGGAGGGAGAUCGGCGUCUGCAUCGUCGCGGCGUGGGCGAGGGGGCAAGAGGACCGACACGGCUGCUGGUGAGGGAGAGGAGCGGCAACCGACGGACGCCCGUGGCGGCGGCACCAGGGCCGGCCGCCGCCGCCGCGCGGGACAUGAAGAAGCCGCGGUGUCGCCUAAAAGAGCUGCGUCUCCCAAGGGAAAGGCUAACGCUAAGGCUAUGGUUAAGACCACCGCCAAGGGGAAGGACAAAGGCGCUGAUGGAAAGACAAGCGGCGGCAAGAGGAAGGCAGUUUCGACGCGGUCUAAGGUUGCCGAUGACACCGACAACGCCUCCGAAGAUGAUGGAGAUGAUGGCAGUGCCGAGGACGAGGAGCCCCGCCGCAGGAGGGUGACUCAGCGGCGUGGGGACCGCGCCCCUAGCUCGCCGCCCCCGCGCUCCCCGGCCAAGCGCAAGACUGGCAAAGCGGCCCAGCCGCAGGACGGCGAAGUACCGCCAAGUAGUCCGGGCGCGAAGGGCAGCAACACCCGCCGAACCGAGGAGGCCCCAAGCGACGAAGACGAUGGCGGUGAUGGAGGCGGUGAUGGUGGUGCGGGGAAGAGGCCCGGGAGGGCCGGAAGAGGACCCGACCGUGGCGGCGGGAAAGCCGGCGGUAGCGGUGGCGGUGGCGGUGGCGGCGGUGGAUCCGGCUCCGAUGGCGAGGGUGCGAGCGACGACAAGGAUACGGAGCCGGAACCUGAGGAGGACGAGGAAACGGAGGAAUCAGGAGGCGAAGGAGAGGAGCAAGAAGAGAAGGGGGACGAGGACAACCAGGCUGCUGCAGCACCAGCUGGCGGCGCCGCCGCCGCCGCCGGUCGACCAGUACGUCCUGAAGACCCCGUAGACCAGAUCCCGGAGACAGAGGCCGAGACACAAGCCAUGGAGAUCGAUGGUGCCGCUGGUGACGAUGCCGCUGCUGCCGCUCUGGCCGGGGCUACUCCGACGGCGGGCGGCGGACUCGAUGAUGAUGAGGGAGACGAGGGAGAUAACGUGCUCCAGUACAUGGACCAGGAUGCCAUGGAUGCCAUGGACGGGGGUGGUGCAGAAGACGGUGACGACGAGGCAGCCGAAGGGGAAGCCGCAGUGGCAGCAGAGCGGGACGGUGAUGACGAAGAUACCGUUGAGGAAACUUUCGAGGGGGCCGUUGAGGGAGCCGUUGAGGAAGCCGUUGAGGGAGCCGUUGAGGGAGCCGUUGAGGGAGCCGUUGAAGGGGGCGUUGAAGAACCCAUGGGCGAGGGUGAUGCAGAAGGAGAGGUGGGCGGAGGAGGUCAGGAGGAGAGGCCAGCAGCGAGUGAGGAUGCUCAGGGUGCUGAGGAUGAGCAUGCUGAGGAUGAGCAUGAGGAUGAAGAAAUGGGGGAGGCACAGGAGGAGGAGGAAGAUGUUGAAGGGCAAGGAGAAGGUGUCGGAGAGGGAGAGGAAGACCACGACAAGGCGAGAGACGUACCGGAGGCAGGAUCGGACAUGGACCAAGAGGGCGAGCUGGCCACCGUCGGCGCUGCAGAUGCACCCGCAGAGGAAGAGGAAGAGGAAGAGGAAGAGAGAGAGGAAGAGGAAGAGGAAGAGGAAGAGGGCGAAGACGGGGUGGUGGAGGGGGGUGAAGAGGAGGAAGAGGAGAGGGGUGUAGUUGAAAACGGGGUGGUGGCGUCGGAGGAGCAGGUAUCGGCAGAGGCCAGUGGAGAGGAAGAGGAGCAAGACAUUGGUGACGGCGACGACGAUGAGGAGGAAGGGGGUACAGAAGAGGAAGAGGAACAGCAAGAGGGGGAGGAGGAUGAGGAGGGCGAGGAGGAGGAGGAGGAGGAGGGCGAGGAGGAGGGGGAGGGUGAUGAGGAGGAGGCGAUGGAGGGAGGAGAUGUUGGAGAUGUGGCGGGCGGGGUCGGCGGUGAAGUGAUGAUCGAGAUACAAGAUUCCUCAGAAGAGGACGGGGACCAGGCAGCCACCGCUACGGCGACAGACAACCAGGACGACGGACGACAGGAACGCCACGAGACGGCAGAGAUGGCAAACCGGGAUAGUUCGUGUGUCCCGUCUCUUGACGCUUCCGCUACCGCCGUGACCGAUACUGUCGGCGAGGGCAACAACGGAGGAGGUGGGCAGGAGCCUCUGGGUGACACCCACCCGUCGGACCAAGCACCGGGUUCUGUAGCUGGCGCUGGCGACAUGUUGGCCAGCGGUUCAGCGGCAGCCGGGGACGGCGAGCAGUCAACCGCUGCUGCCCGCGUACAAGACCCGCUCGUCGCCGGCAACGGCGGCGAUGGUUUGCCGCCGGACUCUCAGGCUCGUGUGCCUUCUUAUGAGGGUGAUUCAGGCGCGCUUGUGCCCGGGCUGGCCUUGCCGUCGUCACCUGGUCGGGCAGAUGGUGCUAGAGGUGCUAGAGCCACGGGCAGGGGCAGGGCGAAGCAGGUGAACGAGGAGCUCGACUCCGUCCUUGGUAAGCGCAGCUACGGGGAGAAACGCGACUUGGUAGGCUUCUUGGCGGACCCUACUGCGCGGCCGGCGAACCCUCGCGUCCCCGUGCUCCCUGCGGAGCAGAAGAGGCGGGUGCGGCGUGCCGCCCGACCGGUGGAGAGCUGGGACGAGCGGCCGAUCCUGGACAUCGACCAGGAGGGCCAGGCCGAGGACCUCGCGGAUGAAAGGACGACCAAGAGGGCGGGUGCGUGGUGCGGGGCGACUGGCGACAAGUGGCGGCGGGCUCCCAGCAGCGAGUGGACGAGGCUGGUACCCACCAUGCAGCGCAGGGCCGGGCAGCCGGUGGUGCGGGUCGUAGCUUCCACGAAGAGGACCCUAGGCUCGGCCUUCGGGACUUUCACCGCCCGAGGCACGUCCGCCGCGGCAGUCCACCACGCCGGUGACCUGAGGAAGCUGAGCGCAAGGCCGGGCUACGACGGCGACGAGCUUACCCCGAUGCUGCGGCGGCUAGAUGAGCAGGACAGGGACGACGCAGCCGCCGCUGCCGCCGCUGCCGCCGCACGACGCCGCCCAGCCCCCGACGCCGGUGCGAUGGCGUCCGGUUCCACGGGUGCUACUAGUCUGUCGCUUGUGCGGUCGGCGGCGGCGGGGACGCCAUCCCGCACCCCGAAGCCUGCCAGAGCAGGCGGCGGCUUGGGUGUGGGAGCGGCACGCGAUCGGAGGCAGAGCGUCGGGUCGGCGUUGCGCUACAGAUCCCGGGAGUUCACGCCCCGCCGGAGGCCGUCGCUAGCAAUGGCAGGGGAGCAGAGGUUCGGCGCGGGUACGCUCGGCGAUUGGCUCGGUGAGGCACCCAAGCAGCCCCGUCCAGGCCCCGUCGGUGCCGCCGCCGCCGGCCGCCGUGGACGCGGCGACGGCGGCGACGCGGGCAGCACUGGCCAAGGGCAGGCUUCGAAGCGCCGUGAGGUGGGGAGGCAGGAAUCGCCGCUCCUGGUGGAGGGCUCGCAAGGCCAGGAGAGCGGAACUCCCGCCGCAAGCAACAAGCGUGCGGCGUCCUCCCUCGGCCUCGACGGCAUGGACGCGACUCCCCGCAGGAAAACCAUGGCCAUGAUGGACGAGAGAGCCGUGGCGGAGGAAGGCCGAGAACUGGUGAGGAGGGUAGCGGCGGAAGCGAAGGCGACGGCUGAGGUGGGGAGCAUCCUCAUGUCGGUGGUGUCGCAGGAGAACAAGGGUAGAGACGUGACGAGGCAGGUCCGCGAGGAGCAAGGGUUGAGGGAGAGGGAGACCAACAAGAAGACGGAGCUGAAUCAGAGGGCCGGUGGCACUCAGCCGACGAUCGGGGAGGCUGGCAAGGUCGCCGAUGUGCGAGACAGCCGCGGGCAAGAGGAGCGGGAGGUGAAGGAGCGCCGCAAACAAGACGAGAAGAAGAGGGGUCGGUCGGAGACGGCAUCUUUCACCUUCGCUGCCGCUACCCAGCUCCCUGUUGCCGUGGCUCCUCAAGCCGCCGCGUCCCGAGAGUCGUCGGAGUUCGGGUUCACGACCUCACCGAAGGGCCCAGCUCGGCUUCGACUACAGCAGCAGCAGCGAGAUGGUGACGCCAACGGUGGUGGGGGGGACGGUGCCAUGAGCGUUGACAGCAUGUACCCAGACUGCGACGGCGACUUCGCGUUCGGCGUUCCCUCCGCGAGCCACCCCCCCGCCCGCUCGGCGCAGCGGCAGCAGCAGCAGCCUCUGUUCUGCUUCUCGGACCCCCCUCCGGUCAAGCGUGCAUUGGAACACGGCCAGGGAUCGGAAACAGGGGUGCUGACGACAACUGACGACAUGGGAAGGGACGUCCCAGCAGGCGCCUUCGAGUUUUCGACGAAGCCUCGCAAGGCGCGCAGGACCCGGAGAGGCGUAGCCGCAGGGAAGAGUGCCGUGGAGCAGCAGAUGGCCCCUCUUGCCGUAGCCCCGCUGUCGGUUGCAGGGUCCGGCGGCGGCGCCAAGACUUCGGAGCCGAGCAAGGUGGCGGCCGGCGCAGCGGCGGCAUCCUCGGCGCCCAUCACGAACGGGUUCGACAUGUCCAAGUUCAGGAAGCCUGGCGAGUGGAAGUGCGGUGCCUGCCUGGUUAGGAACCCCCCGGAUGCUACCAAGUGCCUUUCUUGCGAAGUGCCCAAGCCAGGAGCAAGCGCUGCAGCCGCGGGGGGGGGAGGGAUCCUGGGCGGUUCAUCUGGCGGUGCCUCUUCGACCCCCAAGUUCACAUUCGGCGUCGUGCCGGACGCUGGGGCUGCUUCGGGCGGAGCUCUUGCUUCGCCCCCCGCUCCUGCUCCUGCUGCUGCUGCUGCCCCCCCGGUCGCGUUCGGCGGCGGAGCGGGGAGCACGACGUCGGCGUCAACGUCAACCGCGCCUACUGCCGGUGGGUUCGACAUGUCAAAGUUCAGGAAGCCUGGCGAGUGGAAGUGCGCCGCCUGCCUGGUCAGGAACCCCCCCGAUGCCACCAAGUGCCUUUCUUGCGAAGUGCCCAGGCCAGGGGUGAGCGACGGUGCAUCGCCGCCGGCCGCGGGGGGGGGAGGAGGGAUCCUGGGCGGUGCCGGCGCUUCGACCUCCGCGCCCAAGUUCUCCUUCGGAGUGCAGCCAGCCAAAGCGGCAGCGACAGCGGCGGCUAGCACUGCUCCGAGCGCACCUGGGUUUUCCUUUGGCGCGGCGAAGGCUUCGACGUCUUCCACUGCAGCGCCUGCGGAGAAGAAGGCCGCUUUCACCUUUGGUGCGCAGCCUGCUGCGCCCGGGGGUGAUAACGGCGGUGGCGGCGGCGGCGGUGCGACACCGGCCCCGGCGUCGGCUAGUGGGGGGGUGGGACUCCUGGGCUCCCUAGGCGGUACGUCGUCGGCGCCCUCUGGCGCCUUUACAUUCGGCGGCGCCCCUCCUUCCAGCGCUAGCACUGCCGCCGCCGCCGCACCUUCCGGCGGCAUGUUCGGCAAGCCUUCCGCUUCGCCACAACCGCAGUCGUCUGGAUUCGGCGGGGGCUCCUUCGCUGCUCCACCUGCUGCUGCUGCUGCUGCUUCUCCACCUGCUCCUGCUGCUAGCGCGCCCACGUUCGGGUUUAAGAUGCCUACGAGUUCUAGCAGCGGCACCUCGGGCACUGGCAGUGCCGCCCCGGUAUUCAGCUUCGGUUCAGGAUCCCUGCCAGCUCCGGCGGGCAACAGUGACAGUAAUGCUGCGCCGACGUUCAGCUUCGGUUCAGGAUCUCUUCCUGCUCCCGCUGGGAACAGCGACAGCAGCAGUGCCGCGCCCGGGUCUUCUUCGUUGUUCACGUUUGGGGCGGGAGGCGGUGCUGCUGGUUCGUCAUCACCGUCCGGCGUGCCGGGAUUGUCGUCUUCGGGUGCUGCACCGAGAUUCACCUUUGGACAAAACCCGGCACCGCCCAAGUAGAGACAAGCUUGAGAGCUGUUGGUUCCGCAAGCUAGGUUUUUCACUUUUCACCCCAUGUUGGGCGGUGUUAUUGCCUCAUGGAAAUACACACCCGUGGCAUUAGAGCAGCAGCAGCGGCGGCGGUUUGCUCUCAUCAAAUGAGCUAGCUCUUCCUCAAAGGUGGGGGGAGAGCUCGCUAUGGUUACUACCGACAGGCAGCGUUUUCCGAGUUGGACUCUUAGAUGUUGGUUUGGCGGGUAGCUUGGUUGUUGUGUGGAAUGCAUAUGUGGUGGGGUUUGUCGCGUGCGUGACGUCUCAACCCAACACCAACGCCACCGCCCACCUAUUUAGUGUACCGACCGACUGACGAUACUAUACCCAAGCACGUGUAUGAUGUAGGGACAGGCAUGUGGCGGCCAGAUGUAGCACAAGGGGAGGAAGGGAGAGAGACCCUGCCAAGAAGCUGUGCUGUUGUUUUUGUCUAGAGGGGGGUGGAGGAUAAGCUACAGCAGAUAAUUAGGCGGGGGGCGUUAUUUCAACAGAUGGAUGAUGAUGUCGCUGUGUAGAGUAGACGCUGUUUUUUUUUGUGGUUGACUUGUUUUGUCCACAGACGAACGGCGAGUCAGCUCAUCAGGUCUACAACAACUAUGUAGCUCAUGCAUGGCUCGAUCAGGCCUUCUGUGAUGCGCCUUUUGUUUUCGGCGCAGGUGGUGGGUGGUUCGUGGGUGUCUCUGUCAUGUUUGGCGAUGGCUGAAGCAGUGACAGCGCCUGUUUCUUGUUGGUGCAUGUUUUUUUUUUUAUCCCAUCAAUUUUGUCGGACAGAGAUUCUAGAUGUCACUCGCGGACGCAGUGGCUUGCGAUCCACCUCGCUGUCGGGACAAGGGUGACUGCUGUAGUGGUUU